UUGAUUUUUCUUUUUAGGGAAAGUUCUUCUGAAGAGAGUAGUGAAGAAUCUGAGGAAGUAGGGUUUGAAGUUUUUAACAGAACAUAUUUUAAUUGCCGAAGGACAAAAGAUGUCUAUGUGACUGGAAGAACCGCUGGAACUCUUUCACCAGAAGAUAUUGGGGUUAUAGGUGUACUUGGAGAUUCCAUUUCGACCGGUAGAGGUUUGGUAGCAGCAAAUGAAUUUGAUUUUUUUGGAUUUGCAUUUUCGAGUGGAGGCGAUGGGGAACUUUCAAAUUCUGUCACUAUACCCAAUAUAUUAAAAAUGUUUAACAAAAAUCUGAGAGGAGUGUCACAUGGAAGCGAGCGUCAUCUAAAUUUCGCAGCUGUGAAUGCAAGAUGUGAAGAUCUAGACGAGCAGGCUAAACAUUUUGUUGCCAAAUUAAAAAAAAUGUUUGAACGAAGCGUUUUGGAAAAAAGCUGGGUGAUGGUGCUAAUUUCUAUCGGCACGGAUCAACUUUGUAAACUUUGUGCUGGUCCAGAUUAUGACUCUUUGUACCGUUCGGUUCAUUAUCUCAUCCAGAAAGUUCAGAGACUUUUCGUCGUCUUAGUGGGCCCUUUAUGGGUUUCCUCAACAACCAACUUGGAAAAAAAUUUGCUGAAGGACCGCUGCCCUUGCUUGUAUAAUGAAUCUGACCAGAAUGUGGCGAAAUUAUAUGACGAAUGGAAAGAGAAGUUUAGUCAUAUUGAAAGUGAUCUGGGUAGUUUUCAUCCUGCCUCGUUUGGCGUAAAAGCAGUGCCUUCUCUGGCGGUACUUAGUAGAAUCCCAGAAAGUCUUUUCAUUGGUGGUUCCUCACAUUGCCCUUAUUUCCUCUCAUACUCAAAUCGAGAGUCUUGCAAACUUCUUACUCUGAAAGAGGAAAGAAAAAGAGCUCGACAGUAUACCACAACGGUACACCCUGUAAUUACUAAGCGGCGAAAAACACUGCAAAGUCAUUUGGGUCUGGUCAUCGCAAUCAUUGUUGUAUCUGCUUUUAUCUCAGUAGUAUUCUUUGGGACAAUAUUCUAUUUAAAGGGUAAAAAGGCCACAAAAACAAGAUUUGAAGCUGUUCCAGGAGUGUAG